CCGCUUGUCAGUACAGUAGAGUAAUUUGAGCUGCUGGAACGUACAUACGUGUAGCGCGCGCUUGCAACGGGUCUACGGGGCAGGUUUCUCGCAAACAUUCUUUUUUUUUUGGUGGUGUACUUUUGGGGUCCAACUCGCUAAAACGGUUAAUACGCGAACGCGAAAAAUACGAAACGAGUGUUGGAAAACGGUAUUUCGAAAAGAGUUUUUGAACGCAUUAAUUUUUAAAUUCGUGCAGAACGGGUUUAGUUAAAAAUAAUAAUAAUAAAAAUAAAAAAAAUUAUUUAUUUUUUGAAAUUCGUCAUGCGUAUAAUUAAUUUAAAAAUAUAGAAAAAAUUAGUAAACAAAAAAAUAUUUUUAGUGCCAAUAGCAUUAGUGAAACGCAAAAGUUAGUGAAUUUCGGUUAGAAAAAGAAUGCCAAACUGGUUAUUACACACAGAAAGAAUGCUGACACAACUGGCGGACUUUGUGUAUUGUUCAAUAAGAAAUCAAUACCAAUACAACAAUAAGUGAACAACAACAAUCUAACAGCAAAAAAAUAACAACAACAUUACAGAAAAGAAACAACAACAACAUUAUAGCAAAAAACAACAACAACACUAUAGCAAAAAAGAAAAAAACAACAAAACCGCCAGUUAAGCUAGAACAACAAUAACAAAAACAGCAACCAGCGUAGACAAAGCAGACGUACAAAAAUAAAAGCAAAGCAGCAAAGUAAACGACGUGUAUCGUUACGAAAACCGGACCUGAAGCGACUGACAUUCCAUUGGUGACAGAGGCAGGCAAUGUAUUUUUUUUAGUAUCGAAAAAAAAUAUAUAAAAAAGUAUAUAAAAAAUAUCAAAAAAUAACAGAAAAAAAUAUUUAAAAAUAUAUUAAAAAAAUUAAAAUAAAUAUUAAAAACCAAAACUAAAAAUUAUGCAAAGUCGCGAAAUAGUAAUUUUCAAAUAUAAAACAACAGCAAAACCUCUAGCAGAUUAUUAAACAAAUUAUAUACAACAAAAAAUACAUAGUGACCACAACAACAUUAGCAUACUAGUUUCAAGCUUAAGCUGGAAAAUAUUUUUUUCCCACCAAAGUAUAAAAAUAAACAGAAAGUGCAUAAAUUAGAUUUGCAAAUUUAAAAAAAUAACAACAACAAAAUUAUCCAGUGGUCAAAAAGCAACAAACAACAAGUGGAUAUGAGACACAUGGAUAUGCACGAACACAGCCGCUGUUGCCCAUAAACGUUUUAGCCUUCAACAACAACCCACACACACAAAAACUACAACAAAAAAGGAACGAAAACAACAACAACACGCUUAAUUGAUAUUACUCAAUAACUUAUGGACAAUCAAUUAACGGCAAUUUAAUAAAACCAUAAGCGGCGGUUAAUUGCAAUAUCAGAAGAAGAAGAAGAAGAAGCAAAAGAGGAAGCAGAAACACAAACAAACAUACUCACAUAUAAAUUUUGCAGUAAAAGUAAAGAAAUUUACAACAAUUUGUGAUACGAAGGUGUGAGCACAGCAGCUUUAACAGCAAUAUUAAUAAAAGAGAUUUCACACACUCAAGCAACUACAACAACAGCAGUAAUAAGAACGACGCUUGCGAACAGCGUUGAGGAAAUUUCAAAUAAUAACGGUCAAGCGUGUGUUUGCAACCCCCGAGCAGCGCACUCGCAUAGCUUUUGAACAAGUGAGCGCGUCAAGGCGGAAAGGACAACAGUCGGUAGGGCGGCAAGAAACCAGGAAGGAAGGAAGGAAGUACAACAGCCAGUAAACACAGUCGACAGUCGAAAAGCAGUCGCAGCAGACAGCGCACAAUUUAAUUUCACUAUGGGAAAUUCAUCGUCACACACACACGAACCACUGGAGCGCGGCUUCACACGCGGAAAAUUUGGUGAUGUCAAAAAUGGGAAAUCCGCAUCAUUUCGCUUUAGCAAGAAAUCACCAAAGAAAAUGGAUCGUUUGCGUCGAUCCUUUCGCGAUUCGUUUCGUCGCCGGAAGGAUCGUGUGCCCGAAUCAUCGAAACCGCAUCAAUGGCAGGCUGACGAGGAGGCUGUACGUUCGGCGACCUGUUCGUUUGCGGUUAAAUAUUUGGGUUGCGUUGAGGUAUUCGAAUCGCGCGGUAUGCAAGUUUGCGAGGAGGCCCUAAAAGUAUUGAGGAAUUCGCGCCGCCGGCCCAUACGUGGUGUGCUGCACGUUAGCGGCGAUGGACUGCGCGUCGUGGACGAUGAGACGAAGGGCCUCAUUGUCGAUCAGACUAUCGAGAAAGUGAGCUUCUGUGCGCCAGAUCGUAACCACGAGCGCGGCUUCAGUUACAUUUGUCGCGAUGGCACAACACGUCGUUGGAUGUGUCACGGAUUUCUCGCCUGCAAAGAACUCGGCGAGCGGCUCUCACAUGCCGUCGGUUGCGCAUUUGCCGUCUGUUUGGAACGUAAGCAGCGACGCGAUAAGGAAUGUGGCGUCACAAUGACAUUCGACGUGAAGAAUUCGACAUUUACGCGUACGGGUUCGUUCCGUCAGCAAACGUUGACCGAACGUUUGGCACAAGGUGAGAUGCCAUCCGCUGCUGUGCCACCACAGCCCAAACCAUACAAUCCGUUCGCCAUCGAACGGCCACAUGCCACACCGUCGAUGUUGGAGCGUCAGGGCUCGUUUCGUGCAUUCAGCACCAUUGGCAGUCAAUCGCCGUUCAAACGGCAAAUGUCAUUACGUAUCAACGAUCUUCCGUCCAAUACCGAACGGCAGAAGGCAUUUUUGGCAGCUGCCAGUGGCGGUUCACUAGCCGCAGCAUUAGCUACACCCAAUCGUAGUGUUUCACCAAUACCAGAGAUCUCACCAGCUAAAAUGGGCAUCGCAGAUAUGGAUAAUGGUUGUGCCACCAUCGACACCGUUAGCCAGUUGUGUCAGGAGCUCAGUCAGGGUCUCUCGUUGCUCAGUCAAACCGAUGCAAUGAUUGCGGCUGGCGAUGAUCUCAAUUUCAAUAAUAAUUUGAGCAUUAAUCAGAAUAUCAUUGCGGCCGAGAAGACGCAACAACAACAGAAGGGAAUCUCUACACCAACAUCAUUGCCGUUAGCUAGUAGUAGCAGUCAUAGCAUUACCGCUGCUGCUGCUGUCAGCAGAGUUUACGAAUAUGCUGAGGGUGCAGUGAGCAAUAAUUCGAUUGCUGGUGGUGCGGUCACCACCAUCACCACCACACCGACGGCACAAAUAGCGCCACGCAUAUCGUCGGUAUCACCAGUAUCUAUCAAUUCGCCAGUACGUACACCAACAACACCAACGUUAACAAUGACACCACCGCCACCAUUGCCAGCUGGUCGGCCCGUAGAGAUGGUAGCACCACUGCCCAAUGCAGAUCAAUGGCUAGGCGAGGUGGUGAAGAAGACCUCGCCGGCAGUUAUUAAACGUGCAACACGUAUGCUCAACUCAACCGGUCGUACGCAAUCGAUGAGCGCUGCAUCACCAUUAGGUGUGGAUCCCUUCGAUGCCGAAUGGGUGGCCGGCGUGACCAAGCCAUUGUCACCCGAUCUACCUGUGGCAGCGACAACGCCAGUGGCGUCUGCAGUUACGCCCGUCGCUAGCAGUACAGCUGCACCAAUACACCACAGUACCAAUCCAUUUAUAUCACCGCCGAAGGUACCGGCGCAAACAUUCCAGGUGCAGCUGUAGAUGCAGUAGACGAGGUGUACAAGCCUCGUGCUAGUAGUUGAUGAUAUCAGUGAGGUAGCACAUGUGUUCGAUCUGUGUAAUUCAUGGGGUCGAUUAGCAACUCAAAUAGUGUUAGGUGUGCAGUGAGUUUGCAAAAACGGAAUUAGUCGCUAGAGAAAUGUUGUUGUUAAAGCAAAAUUAGUACGAGCCAAGUAAAGAAUGUAAAGAGAUUUCAGUAAUGGAAUUGCAUGCACUGCCAAUAAUUGUUUAAUGCAAAAGUAGCCAUUGCCUUUUUUGAAUUUCAGAUUUAGUGCUGAACUACUUUAAAAGUAACUAGUUGUUUUUGGUCCAGUUGCGAAAUUUUGAAAGAAUACUAAAAUUUAAUUUGUAAAUAAAUUAUAUGAUGAAUAUAUUACAAAACUACAAAAAUGACACUAGUUACUUUUGAACCAGUUUUAACAUUUUUUACAAAUUUACAAAUAAUUUUGAAUUUUGUAAAGGGAAAUGUAAUUUAAAUGUGAAAUUAAAACAUUUUACCAAUUUUAGCUAAUUGUAAAAUUUUUUUUUGCCACUUGUAAAUAUUAAAAAUUUAAGUUUUGAUUUUAUUAUAAUAUUCGAUUAGUUAAUAUGCAAUUAACAUGUACUCUUUGAUUGUAAAAAAUAUGCCAACAUUUUUAGCUGUUAAUGUAAUUUUUAUGAUACAAUACAUGCCGUAAUAUUUUAUAAAUGAAGUGAAAGGAACUGGUUAUUUUUGGACUAUAUAUGGAACUAGUAUUCAUUAAAAAAAAUUAAUCGAAUUUGUGAAAUAUGUAUAUAUAUUAAGUGGAUAUGCGUUGACUAGUUACUUUAAAACUAGUUUUCGUACUAGUUUUUUAUCCGCUGAUACAUUUUUUUACUAUUUUUUGUUAAAACAGGAAUUAUUUCAUAUGAAUUUUUUAAAAAAUUAUAAAUAUUUACAAAAAGUUGUUGGUUAUUGAAAGAUAUGGUGGUUACUUUUGAAGCAAUUAUCGUACUUAUAUUCACGUAAUUCAAGUUUUCUGGCAGAUAAUGCAUAUAAGUAUGUGUGUACACAUGCAAAAUAAAUGUAUAGAACACUGUUAAUUGAUUUAAAAAAAAAUUAAUUUCAGUAUUUACAUUUGAGCUAUGUAGUUGUGGAGUAGUUCAUUUGCUACUAGUUCGUUAUUUUCAGAUUUUGAAUACAUGUUAAUAUAAAAAACCGUUCAAUACAAAAAUUUAUAAAUUGUGGCAACAUUAAUUCAAAAAUCAGAAUAAAAAUUAACUAGUUAUUUUUGGGCCAGUUCUGUUACUAGUAACCUUCAUUUUUUUUUCUUUUUGCAGUGUAUGUAAUUCUAAAAUACAAAAUAAAUGUAUAAAACACUUUUAGUUUAUUUAAAAAAAAACGUUUAAGUAUUUACAUUUGAACUAUGUAGCUGUGGAGUAGUUCAUUUGCUACUAGUUCGUUAUUUUCAAAUUUUGAAUACAUGCUAAUAUAAAAAACCGUUCAAUACAAAAAAUGUAUAAAUUAUUGCAACAUUAAUUCAAAAAAAUCAGAAUAAGCAACUAGUUAUUUUUGGACCAGUUCUGUUACUAGUUACUUUCACAGUUUCUUGUUUACUUUUUGCAGUGUAUGUAAUUCUAACCUGAUGAAAUGGCAUGUUUGCUUUUUAAGCCUAAAAUUUUUAUAAGAACCAGCGACACCUACAUGAAACGCAUACAUAAAGUUUCUUCCAUGUAUGUAAAUUACAUAUUUGAGUUGCUAUAAAUGUUACUGCAGAUUAGUUGAAGAGGUAAACAAUGUUAUUAUAUUAACUACAGCUAAAUUAUUAAUGUUAAAUGUACUUAAAUAGUUUAUAAAUGAAUUAACACUUAAACGCUGAGCAGCUGAAACAGAAUUACUUAAAGUAAUCGGCGAAAUAGAGCAUAUACUUAAUUAAUUAUAUAAAAAAAUAUAUAAUUAUAUAAAAUAAUAUAUAAUUAUGUGAAAUGUUACAUAACUAUAUAAAAAGAUAUAUAAUUAUAUUAAAAAUUAAAAAAAUAUGCAAAAAAGUAAUGGACAAAUGCAAGAAAAAAAAUAUAAAAAAAAUAAAUUUAAAAAAAAAUUCAAAAAAGCUGGGCAGCACGCCAAGUGAUAACCGAGACAGCAUAGGAAUGUGUAGAAAAAUAGUAAAGCGAAAUAAAUACAUAUGUAAAAGACGUUAGAUUAUGUAUUACAAAUACAUAUGUACAUCUAAAAUAUCAACUAUCAAUUACAAGGCAGUAAUUAAUUAAAUUAAUUAUAUAUACAUAUUAAUUAAUAAAAGCACACAGAAAGGCAAAGAAAAAAGCACGCAUUGCAACACACGCUGUUAAUUGAAUUAUUAAUGUUAACUGUAACUGUAUAGUACUUAAAUGGCUUAUGACAUAAAAAACUAAACAAAACGCAUACAUACAUUAAAGUGUGAAAAUUUAGUAAUAAUGAAAGUAUAUAGCUUACUUAGAAAGAAUAAA